AUGGAUCCUACACAUGGUCCAAUUCAUAUUGAUGACCAAAUUGAAUUAAUCGAACCACUAUACAAGCCGCCAACAAUAAAACAAUCUUUAAAUGCUGCAUUAUACUCGUCAAAGCUAAAUGUGUUAAUGAUAUUUGUUCCACUCGGAUUUUUGGCUCAUUAUUUUGAAUGGAAUAGUGCCAUAAUUUUCAUAUUAAAUUUUCUAGCUUUGAUACCACUAGCAAACUUGCUUGGGUUUGUUACUGAAGAUAUUGCAAACCGAUGUGGUCAGGCUACAGGAGGUCUACUAAAUGCAACUUUUGGUAAUGCCGAAGAAUUGAUAAUUGCCGUUUUAGCAUUAAUUCGAGGCGAAAUUCGUAUAGUUCAAGCGUCGAUGUUGGGUUCUAUAAUCUCCAACCUUUUGUUAGUCUUAGGAUCAUGUUUCAUUGCUGGUGGAUAUAAACAUAAAGAACAAGAUUUUAAUAAAAAAGCUGCUCAAACAAAUUCAGGUUUACUGGCAAUAGCUUGCAUUGGAUUGGUUAUACCUGCAGCAUUUCAUUUCGAGGGUAGUGAUCAAAAAGUUAGUGUAAAUAGAAACGACUUACUGCAUGAUCAGGUUCUAAACUUGAGCCGUGGAACUGCGUUGGUGUUGUUGGUUAUUUAUGUGCUUUUUUUGUAUUUCCAGUUGAAAACUCAUGCUCACUUCUACAAUGAAGAAGAAUCAGAAGAUCCAGAACUGUCUUUUGGAGCAUCUAUAUUUUUACUAGGUUUCAUAACAAUAAUUGUUACUUUUUCUUCUGAUUACCUUAUCGAUUCUAUCGAAGGAAUCACCGAAUUAGGGUUAAGUAAAACUUUUGUUGGGUUAAUUUUGUUACCAAUCGUUGGUAAUGCUGCUGAGCAUGCGUCCGCAAUUAAAGUAGCAAUGAAAAAUAAGAUGGAUCUGGCUAUUAGUAUUGCUGUUGGUAGCUCAACGCAAAUCGCAUUGUUUCUUACUCCAUUUACAGUAAUCCUUGGAUGGAUUAUUGGUCAACCAAUGUCAUUGCUCUUCCAAACCUUUGAAACUGUAGUUUUGUUCGUUUCGGUCCUGAUUACUAAUUAUCUAAUUCAGGAUGGAAAAUCAAACUGGCUUGCAGGCAUAUUACUAUUUGCCACUUAUUUCAUUAUAUCAUUAGCAUUUUUCUUUUAUUCUGACCCAAGCUCUGUUGAAAAAAUUAUUGGAAGCAAAUAUUUUUGA